AUGAAAGGUAAGUUAGUUACAAAUUUUGUUUAAAUUUUAAUAAAAAUAAUCGCAACGUAUAGAUUGAUCAAGAGUAAAUUUGAAUUUGUUACCAAGCAUUUCUCAAGAAUUAAUUAAUUCUUAAAAAAUCGAGUAUUAUAUUAAAUGUUUUUGAGCAUCAAUUUUAUUAAUAUUUAACAGUUUCUAUUGAACUGUUAUUUUAAACAUUUUUCUGACAUUUAAGAAUGAAACUUAUGUAAAACAGAAGCUAAAGUAUUAAUUUUGAAAAUUAACAAAAUAUAUAAUAAAUUACUUUCAGUAGUUUAAAUGAAUUUUUCUGUUAAUUAUCUUAUUAAUAUUAAUAAACGAAUAAAUAUCUUAUUAAUAUUAAUAAACGUAUUGAGAGAAAACGAAACGUAGAUUCUAUCACUACGAGAAAUAUUAACCAACAUUGUUUGAUAUCUCUUUCAGCAACAUUCGUGGCAAUAUUAGCCACAGUUGCGUUUGCAAUCGCUGCUCUACCGCAGUGUCCGCAGAAGAAUGGACAAGAUGUUACUUUGCUACCGAAUCCAGAUGACUGCUCAACUUUCUAUUACUGCGACGAAGGCGUACCAUAUUUAACGAAAUGUAGCAAAGGGCUUGAAUAUGAUCCAAAACUGAGGAUAUGUGAUUAUCCGAAAGAGAAUGCAGACUGCAAACGUUAUCCUCCAACACCACCACGUUCUCCAUCCAACCCUGCAUGUGGAUGCUCCAACAAAACAACAACACAAUCAUGUGGCUGUAUACCUGAAAUCACCACUCCA